GUGCGGCUUCCUGAACAAGCUAGCUGAGUACCAAUCGAAGUCCUCGUCGCCUCCUCACAUUCCCGUCAUGACGAUGCGACUGGCCAGGACGCGACUAUGACCGGACUAUGGCUUUUCCCUGUACCCUAUACGUAUGAUCUUCGGGCGGUAGUGUCCACUUUUGUGGACUCGCGUGCAUAGGUGACUUGCCUUACAUCAAUGUCUUCGUUGAUGCCGAUGUUCCGACAACCUCGUUUUGCUGCGUCGUCAUAGCCUUCAACAAACGCCUGCAGUUAUAUUUGAACGCUAUAAAGGCAGCAUUACAGUCGGUUCCGAACACUCAACACCUCUGCAUUCCCUGGCAGCACAAGCUGCCCACCACGUCGUACGACGUCUACUAGCACUAUUCUUCAUCUCUUUUUAUGCACUAUGGCGACUAGACUCUUUGCCUUGCUUAUUGGCAUUGACAAAUAUAAGAGCGGCAACAUCUGGGACCUCGAGGCCUGUGUCGAUGACGCGCAGUCAAUGAGACGCUGGCUCACGCAGGACCUGCAUGUUCCUCGGGAGCACAUUUGCCUUCUAGCCGACGCACAGGCUACGAAGCGCGCGAUUGAAGACAAAUUCAUGGAUCACCUCGUCAAUAAUCCUGUUAUCGAGAAGGAUGAUGCUAUUGUCAUUUAUUUCGCCGGUCACGGCGGAUCAAUCCCUUCUCCACGAGGCUGGUACAAUGACGGCAUGAAGGAUGUCGAAGUCCUCUGCCCCUACGACCACGAUAGUAAGGCCCCCGAAGGACGGGUUGCUGGUAUCUCCGACCGCUCUUUCCACGCCAUGCUUCGGGACCUCGCUGAUAUCAAGGGCAACAACAUCACCGUCAUCCUUGACUGUUGUUUCUCACCAACAGAUGCUCGAAACAGGCGCAAUGUCCGCUACACACCUACUAUGAAGGCCAUGCCGGAUGACCUCUACAGUGGGCUUUGGAGGAGUGCUCUUGCUGGCUCAACUUCCGCUGAUCUCUACCGAGGGUUCGCUCGUAGAGACGGCGACACACAUGUCCUUUUCGCCGCGGCUCGCCCUGGCGAGUGCGCUUCUGCUGGUAAAGGCGGCGGGCUCUUCACCCACGCCUUGCUGUCUGUCAAGGACAGCGAGCCUCUCCACGCGCUUCCCUGCACCGAAUUCCUCGAGCUCGUCGAAGAACGUAUGGAGGGCCACAAGCCGGUUGUCGUAGGCCGCAACAAGGAACGUCUCCUAUUCGACGGCAUACCUUUCCAGACCGAUCCACGACUUGUCUCCAUCGACAUGCAUGAUUACGACAACCUGCGCAUCGAUGCGGGCGCCAUUCACGGCAUCGUGGAAGGCACAGAGUUCUCGCUGCAUGCGCACAAUUACAUGGGCUCCCUCAACCCUACUCUCGCCUCUUACGUUGCGACAGAGGUCCACCCCACUUGGUGCCUCGCACGCACCAAGUCGCAAUCGAAGCCCCGCGCCUUUCAGGGCUGGGCACGCGUCACCAGAUGGAACAAUCGCGUUCCUUUCCGCGUCCACCUCCGCCGCUCCCUCUUCUCCAUCUUCCGACGCUGCCGUCUCCGCCGCACUCUUCCCCUGCAGACAUCUUCCACGUCUUCGAUCAAUCAGUCUAGAACUGGCGUGAACAUUGUUCGCGUCAGGAACGCCGCCCAUGCCGAUGUCUCCGUCACCCUCCGGAAGCGCGAGAUGCUCGUCGAGCGGCAUGACUCGAUGAUCGCUGCCAACUGCCGUCGUAUCAUCCACCUCCCUAGCAGUGACUCUGGUGCGGACCUCCGCACUAUUGAGUCGGCGGCGCGCUUCCACCUCCACCUCCAUCGCAAGAACCCCGAGCGGCCGAUGCUCGGUCUGGUCACGAUGGAGCUCUACCGCUUGGACCCGACCACCUGGACGCGUGUCAGUGGUAACCUGCUUGUGGAUGGCCGCGCACAGAUUGUCGACGACGACAAAAACUCCGUCUACUCCGUUGUGCUCCACAACUACUCUGACCACGAUCUCUGGCCGUACCUCGUGAGCAUGGACUCCGCAGGGUACAGCAUCAGUAUGGUCUACCACCCCGACCCUUCCGACCCCCGGCCGCCGCUGCGCAAGCACUCGCACAUGGUCAUCGGCUCUGGAACCCUCGACUCGGAGGCGUUGUCGUUCAGUCUCGGCGACGACGUCAGCGCAGGGGCAGGAUUCCUCAAAUUAUUCGUCUCGUCGGUGUUCACCCCGAUGUCUUUCAUCGAGCAGGGCGUCACCGUCCCGACCCCUUCCCAUGCUGCGAGGGAGAAAACUGGCGCCAGCUCAGCAGCGAACGAGCUGUGGGACACUGUUGUGGCUUGCGUGAACGUCGUGCGUAGAGCGGCCAUCUAGACGUGGUUCUUUCGAUACGGAUCUUACAUGGACUUGAUACCAAUCGGCUGCGCCGCCUCGAUACCAAUACCUUAUUACUAUGUCCUCGGCUGUACUUAUAGACAUGUAGCAUAGCUACUCCGCUGUGUAUUUGUAUCGUGUUCCUGCAAAUAAAUUCAAGCUCAUUAUGCC